GCGCCAAACACAGUGAAGUUAUUAUGGCUGCUUAACUCUGGUGUGUGAUCUUUAGUAUUUUAACGUAGAAUAAGUAUUAAGAAUGAUUAUUUACCGGAAAUAAAAUAUCGUUUGAAAAUGGAGUACACUAAACGAAGACGAUAUACAGUCAAUGCUGAGGCAAAUGAUCUCCAAGAGAUUUAUAACCAUGAUCUACAAAUGUAUGACUUUCCUCCAAGUGGUGAAAUUCCAUUUGUGGAGUUUCAACAGUUGGGUAUGGAAAGAUUAAAAUUAUUACAACAUGUAGAAAAUACUGCAGUAAGAACAGAUUUAAAGAUACCAGAGGAACGUAAACAAAAUCUCAGUACAGCUUUAGGGAAAGAUGGGCUUAAAUAUUUUGUACAUCUUUUAUAUGGAAAAGGGUGCAAGUCGCCAACAGAAACAGAUUUACAAUGUAGAAAAAAAGAUCAUUUUUCCCAUUAUAUAAUGAGAUUGUCAUAUUGUCAAGAACCAGAUCGUCAGAUGUGGUUUAUUAAUCAGGAGGUAGAAUUGUUUAAAUUGAGAUUUAGUUCAUUAGAUCCAACAGGAGUAUUGAAAUUGCUUAGCAUUCAUAACAUUGAAUGCCAACAAAUUACUCGAGAAGAAAAAGAUGAACUUAGGGAAGAGCUUCAUUCAUCUACAUCAAAAGUUUCAAAUAUUGACACAUCUGAAUUUUAUAAAGUACCUUUUCAAAAGGUCAUUGACCUAAUUAGAUCACGUAGAGUAUAUGUAGCAAAUGGAAUAGCAUACAUUCCCCAAAUAGAUUUAGUCUCUUUAUUUGUUUCUUAUUUUAGAAAAUCCUUGAUUGAUGGUAUGGAGUAUGCAAAGAAUUAUCUUGUAAAUAUAUCCGAUGAUGAAAGAUUAAUGUCUUUCCUCAAAUCUCUGCCUGGUUCUUUUUCUGGUAUGACUCGUGUUGUUUGGACAACCAAUAAUACACCCGUAGAUAAACUGGACGAGUUAUCGAAAACAUCCUAUCCUUUGUGUAUGAGAACAUUACAUGAAGCACUUAGGACUCAUCAUCAUCUUAGAAAUAGUGGGCGUAUUCAGUACGGUUUAUUCAUAAAAGGUAUAGGGGUAACAAUGGAAGAUACACUGCGUUUUUGGAGAACGGAGUUCACAAAAAAAAUAGAUCCAGACAAAUUUGAAAAACAAUACUCAUAUACGGUACGACACAUGUUUGGUAAAGAGGGUAAACAAACGAAUUACACUCCUCUGGGAUGUACAAAAAUUAUAACAUCGUCAGUAGGCCCUGGGGACUAUCAUGGUUGCCCGUACAGGCACAUGGAUACUGAAUCGUUAAGACAAAAAUUGUGUAGUUACGGUAUACCCGCAACAAAUAUUAAUGAAAUAGCAGAUCUAUCGAAACAUGGCCAUUAUCUUAUUGCUUGCACCAAAUACUUCGAAGUUUUACAUACUCGCUUACCGGACAAGCCUAUUAUUCAUCCUAAUGGAUACUUUGUAGAGAGUAGAGCCAUAUUGGCCAAAGAUGAAUCUACAGAACACGAUAGCCAAGAAAAAUUCUCACAAAGUGGAAGAUUCAGCGAGAGAUUAGUGAGUAACACUCCCACGAGACGAGACCGAAACAUCGCUACCCCGUCGAGGAAUAUCGAUAGAUCGAUCGGUACGCCUUCGAGAAUCGCAGACAAAAGUGGUAGUGGUACACCGCUAAGGAAAGUGGAAAGGACCAGCAUGACACCGUCCAGGGCAACGAGAGCUACUCCGAAAAGACUAGAUACUCUUGAAAUUGAUGAAAUUACUGCCCAGUUAAUGUGUGAAGACAUGUAAAUGAAAAUAAGGAUACCCUAGCAAUUUUUGUAAUCACGAAUUUAUUGUAAAAUAAAUAAUAUUUUUAUAA